AGAAGUUAGAAAUGAAUCCAAGUAAUAUGGUAAACAAAGUACAAAACCUUGGACAAACCCAACAGACCGACCUAAGAGUUCCAUAAUUGAAAGACAUACACAUUUGAAUUUUUAGAAUUUGGCAGCUGAUUGAGCAGCAAGUCAUAUCCAUCCUGAUGCAUUUUUAUUGGAAUGACUACUUCAAGGUUCUUCUGCAAAUCUGCAAUUCCUAAUCAUAUACGCAUGUUUCACUCUGUAACUGAGGGCCGCAGGGGUUUGAAACGCCUCAAACAACUCCAUGCUCUCCUACUCGUUAGCGGCCUAGCCCAAAAUUCUCACACUGUUGCGAAACUGGUAAACAUGUAUUCUUCGUGGGGUUCUAUACACUCUGCCCGUCUACUUUUUGACAGGACACAUUCAAAUAAUGUUUAUUCGUGGAAUGUUAUAAUCAGAAGUUCUUUGGAGAGUGGAUUGUAUGCUGAAACACUCGAACUUUACCACUACAUGCAAAAAUCCGGUUCUCAAGCGGAUCGUUUCACUUAUCCUUAUGUGUUGAAGGCAUGCGCUUCUUUGAAAAACCUGAAAGAAGGAAAAAAGAUUCAUCAUAAUAUAUCCAGAGAUGGUUUGGAUAGAGAUGCUUAUGUUGGAGCUGCCCUGAUAAAUAUGUAUGCCAAGUGUUCGAGUAUGGAGGAUGCACUGCAAGUGUUUAACAAACUGCCUGAGAGAAAUGUAGUCUUAUGGACUAGCAUGAUCGCAGGGUAUGCUCAAAAUGGACAGCCCGGUGAAGCCCUCAGAUUUUUUAGUGAGAUGCUAAUCAGAGAUGUUAAACCCAAUUCGAUUACGAUGAUUUCUGUGCUCCCGGCAUGUGCUGAGCUGGGAGAUCUCAAACAGGGAAAAGUUAUCCAUAAUUACGUAAUUAGACGUGGGUUGGACUCAGAUGUUGUUGUUGGCAAUGCUCUUGUAGGCAUGUAUGCUAAUUGUGGAUGGAUGGAUGUUGCACACAAAUUGUUUGAUGAAAUGUCUUAUAGAGAUGUAGUCUCAUGGAAUGCAAUUAUUGCAGGUUAUGUGCAGAUUGGGCAGAGUGCUGAGGCUUUGAAGCUUUUUAAUCAAAUGAGACUAGGACAUAUGAAAGCUGAUUCUUUUACUUUGGCAAGUGUGCUUCAGGCAUGUGCCCACUUAGAAGCUCUGCAACAGGGUAAGUGGAUGCAUGGUUAUGUUGUUAAGAGUGGAUUUGAAGGGGAUGGUUUUGUGGGGACCGUCUUGAUAGAUAUGUAUAUCAAAUGUGGCAUUCUAAAGGAAGCACGCCAUAUUUUUGACAAACUGCGACGAAAAGACAUGGUAUGUUGGUCACUGAUGAUUGUGAGUUAUGAUUAUAGCGGGCAUGCAGAAGAGGCCUUAAAGCUCUUUCAUCAAAUGCGGCUGGAAAAUGUCAAACCCAAUGCUGUGACCAUGGCAAGUGUAAUUUCAGUCUGUUCCCACUUAGGAAACUUGAAGCAAGGUGAAUUGAUCCACGUUCAUGUAAUUAAAAGUGGUUUUGAAUCAGAUAUUUGUGUGCGAAAUUCUCUUAUAGCUAUGUAUGCAAAAUGUGGGAAUACAAAGUUUGCUAGCCAAUUAUUUGACAGCAUGUGUAAAAGAAAUGUUGUCUCAUGGAAUGCCAUGAUUUCUGGAUACUCCCAAAAUGGAUAUGCCGGUGAAGUCUUUGCACUGUUUAACCAAAUGCAUUUGGCUGGUGUAAAUCCAAAUGCUGUCACUCUGGUGACCGUACCAGCCGCGUGUUCCAUCUUAGGAGCAUCGCAACCAGGCAAGUUGAUCCAUGGUUAUAUAAUCAAAAGUGGGUGGGAGUCUGAUGUUUCCGUGAUAACUGCCAUGAUAGACAUGUAUUCCAAGUGUGGGAGUAUAUAUGUUGCACAUAAGUUGUUUGACGAAAUGCCUGAGAAGGAUGUGGUCUCUUGGAGUGCGAUGAUUGCAGCAUACGGAAUGCAUGGGCAGGGCAAAGGAGCCAUUGAACUUUUUUCCCAAAUGCUACAAACUGGUACAAAGCCAAACAAUGUUACUUUUGUCUCUAUCUUGUCAGCUUGUAGUCAUGCAGGAUUAGUGGAUGAAGGAUGGCAAAUAUUUGAAAGCAUGAGUAGGGAUUUCGUUAUCUCACCUUCGGUGAAGCAUUAUGCAUGCAUGGUUGAUAUUCUUGGCCGUGCAGGACAUUUGGAUGAGGCACAGAACUUUAUCAAAAGAAUGCCAUUAGAUCCAAAUGCCGAUGUAUGGAAACCCUUGCUUGGAGCUUGCAGAGUUUACUGCAACUUAGUGAUAGCCAAAGAUGUAGCAGAACACCUUUUUCACUUAGAUCCUUACAAUUCUGGAAAUUAUGUUUUACUAUCGAACAUUUAUGCUGCAGCUGGCAGGUGGGAUGAUGCUGCAAAUGUGAGAAAAAUGAUGAAGGAUAGGGGAUUGAAAAAAACUCCAGCAUGCAGUUUUAUUGAAUUGGAUAACAAGAUUCAUAAAUUUCUCGUGGGAGAUAAGUCACACCCUCAAUCUGCCAAAAUUUAUUCAACUUUGGAGAGUUUAACAUUACAGAUGGUGAAAGCAGGAUAUGUGUCUGACACAAACUUUGUCUUACACGAUGUUGAAGAUGAGGUGAAGGAAAAUAUGCUAAGCAGUCACAGUGAGAAGCUAGCCAUUGCUUUUGGUCUGAUUAAUACAAAGCCAGGGACACCUAUCCUGAUAACGAAGAACCUUCGUGUGUGUGGUGACUGUCAUAAUGCCUCCAAGUUUAUCUCCAGAAUUGUCAAUCGAGAAAUCAUCAUGAGAGAUUCAAACCGUUUCCAUCAUUUCAAGGAUGGAUUAUGUUCCUGCGGGGAUUAUUGGUGAUGCUGGAUAUUAAUACCUGGAGGAUUGCUGUUAGUAAUUAUCAAAAAAGCCACAAGCAUUCUAUUUUGCAACUUCAAAUUAAGCACAUUUCUCCCAGAAUUGUUGUAUCCGGGCAUUGGCAAUUCAUCCAAACGAAGAGAUAUAUUCUUUGAUAUUUCUCUGCAUUUACAAAAGGAUAUCUCAUGGAAUCUCAUCGGUGCUGGGUUUUCUGAAAAUGGCAUGCCAAUGAGACCAUGAUGCUCUUUACUUGAAUGCAUUUGGCGCAUGUGGAUUCCUCAUCCAGUCACUGCUUCGAGCAUGCUUCCAACAUAUUUCUAUUCAGCAAUUCGCAACAAGGCAUAGGGAUGGUGAGGAAAGCAUCGUAUUUGUUGUUCAACUGCAGCAGAUAAGGAUGAAACCCAACCAAGUUAUUCUUAUAUUUUUUCAUUAACAUGUAGUCUUUGGAGGAUUUGGCACAACCAGAGUGAUGCACCAUCCGUGCAUGUUCGAUAAGGCAGAAGACUUUAUUUAAAUGAUUAAUUAAUUUCUAAUCUUAACAUGGGAGAAUCCUUGCUUGGAAGCUGCAUAGUUCACUGCAAUACUGUGGUAGAGAACAUGCAAGAGACUACCAUUUUGACACAGACCCUGAAAUGCUAGAUAGUUUGUGCAGAAAACAUGUGCACCAUAUGUCACAAAUGGACGAAACGCGAUCAAAGAUAGGGGAUUGGAAAAUUUGUUAGAUGUAGUUUGAUUCAAUCAGAUGGCAAGAUCUAUACACUUCCCAUAGUGAUAAAGUCCGUUCGGCCCUAGGGAACUUGACUUCCUAGAUGAGGUGAUUGCUGUGCCCAACAAGAAACUGGGGUACAGCACUGCCCGAUAUAGUAGGAGGAGGUGAAAGAAGAUGCGGGGGUUUUCCAAGGCUAAAAGAUAAUAGUUCUUUUCCUGUCAUAAAAAAAAGGAUCUCAAUCUGAAUGACAAAGAACAUUCGUGUAUUUCGCUGUGCCGUGGUGUCUCAUGUCCAGGAAAGAAAUCAUGGCACGGGAUACACUGCUUCCAUUGAUCCAUGAUUAAUUUAGAUAUUCCAUUACACGGCUCUUCAACACAGAUUUUAAUUUAUGUAUCUGCUGUUUCAAUGCAAUUUGCUACUGAAACGAACAUAUAUAAGGUGGAAAUUAAAAUGUGUUGCAGUUAUGAGCUACCAUUCAAAAGUUGCAACACGUACAUUUCUAAAUUCAUUUCAUGGACUGAUUUCCUUAUGAACAAAUUCAAUUUCAUAUGA